GCACUCGCGCGCGUUUCAGCUCACACUCAGAGAUCGAUAAAUGGCGGGAACCAACGAACCUGACGCUGAAGAAUCGCAUAAAAACGAAUGCUCCUUUGAAUGGGACGAAGAAUCUCAUCUCUACUACCAUGCCAGUACUGGAUUUUAUCAUGACCCCGGAGCAGGAUGGUAUUAUAGCAUUAGAGAUGGUGUUUAUUAUAAAUAUGAGGAUGGAAAUUAUGUGCCAUUGGGGUCUGACCAGGAUGUUCAAUCCGAUACGAAUGGUUAUGGUGGUAUUGUUCUUGAUAACUCUGUUCAAGAUGAGUCAUGUAUACGCGUACUUUGUCAGGAGGAUGUGGAUGACUCUUCACUCCACGCAGCUGAAACUGAUGCUUGUAAAGUAGGUGAACCCAGUACAGGUUAUACGGAGUGCAAUAAUAGUCAACUGCCUGAAAAUCUACCUCCACCUUCAGAGUGGUUAGAGGAUACACUUAUUGAUCUUUAUUUGUCGGGUUAUUCCAAGCAAGCAAUCAAUGCUACUUCUGAUGAGAGAAUGCCUGUGGAAAGAUACGAUGGGGAUAGCUUAUAUAUGUCAGCUGAUGGUGCUGAGAAUGCUGAUACUGAUGAAUUGGAAGAAGGUGAAUGGGUCCCGGAUGACAGUCAUGGUGCAACUGAUUUAAAUGGAAUUAUCUUGGAUGAAGGUCUUUCAUGGGAUGAAGAGAACUGGCGAGCUCAGUAUGGUCAGGUCAUUCAACCUGUCGGGGAGUCAUUGCCAGGUUUCCCAGUUGUGGAUAUAUGGGAUUGGGCAAUGAUCAUAGGGACCAAAAGAAAUAGGAAAGGUCGGAUAAGAAGGCUUGUGGGCAGACUGGUGAAACGCUCCACUAAGCUUCAUCCCUCCAUGCCUUCAGGGGGUGGUCUACUAAAAACUGCUCCAAUAUGUGAAGUUCAUCUUGAUCUGGUACGAGUUACCUCAGGCCAGGUAUAUAAACUGAGGUGUCCAAGUGCAAGGUACUUGGCUUCGUUGUCAACUUAUGAUUCUGCCAACCCAACAAAAGACUGGGGCUUCCCAGAACUGUCUCUAAGUAGACAAACUCAAAGACUGCCUAAACUUGUUGGGAAUUUCGAAUCCAAAAUGAUAGAGGAAGUCACUGUUGACAAGGAUGUUUCUUUAUCACCUGAGCAGCUCUGUGCAUCCCAAAAGAAUAUAAGCCAUGCAUAUAGGGAUAGAGCGGCUGAGAGAAGAGCCUUGCAUGGUGGUUUUGGUGUGGGUCCAGGACAAAAGAAAGCACCGAUCGGUGUUGAUUCUGCACCAUCCUCUCCUCUUUCUUUUUGUCCAGAGGAAGCUGCUGCUGAAUCCUUGAGCAUUUCUUUUGGAGUUGGUAGUUAUGCCAGAAGAAUCCUAGAAACUAUGGGCUGGAAGGAGGGGGAGGCACUUGGCAGCAGCACAAAGGGGUUGAUGGAACCAUUACAAGCAAUUGGAAACAAGGGAAAUGCAGGGUUGGGGUGGGAACAAAGCAGACAAAAAUAUCGCUAAUAUAAGUUGGCAUGAUGCCCCUGACCUUAAUGUUUUCGUUAAGGCUAUAUGAAGCUACAUUGUCUUGUAUGGUUUCUCGGGAUCCAUGAGGUGCUGCUCUGAAGAUAGUUUCCCUUGCUGCCUAAAUCGAGUCAUCCAUAGUUUACAGCAGAUCUUCAAAACUUUUCUGUGUCUCCUUCGCUCUAUAUUUUGCAUCGAAGUUUAGAAGUUCUAGCUGAGCUGACACUGCAGUUAAUAAGCCCUGCUACAACACUCCCAUGUAGAGGAACCUUUGUUUGUAUGCUUAUUUCAGUUACAGUUAGUUAGAUUGAAGUUCGCCUAGUGCUCACAUAUUGUUGAUUAUAAGGGGAAACCUAGACAUAUUGGCUUGACUUGUGACAGAACGAAUAGUUUACUAGAUGGUCAGUUGACAAGUGUCUGGCUAACAAGAAGGUGGAAUUGACUGAAUUUUGUAGGUCUUCAACUUAUAUUGGGCUUGCCAAAUACUUACAGAAUCUAGAAAAUGAGGGAGAAAGUAGAAGCAAUGCUAGAUCAAAUGGAAGUU